AAAAAAAAGUGUUUCCUGUAUUUUAUAAACCUUUGAAGACAGCCCGUCUAGAGGCGGUCCUGGGAUAACUCGGAAUAAAUAACACUAUGCGAAAUGGAUCAACGACAAAAGUCUAAAUUAUCAUCCCUCAAUGAUGAAGAUAUUGCAACAUUUUUGGAUUUACUAGAAAUCGACGAUGAUACAGACGUGGAAGAAGAUUUCGAAGAUCUUUUAGACGAAAAUGUGGACGAUGCAGAAUUACCUAUCGACACUGGAAUUGACGAGGUGAUUAACAGGGCGGUAAAUUUGUCAGAUUCUAUGCUGGAAUCAGAAGUGUGUGUCAAUUUAUGUACAUGUUGUCAAUUUAUGUCUCGUUGGUCAUUUCAAAAACAGGUUUCAGUCCACUCCGAUGACUCAACGUUUAUGUGA